UGUGUGUGUGUCUGCGUGUGUGUAUAGGGUGUCAGCCAAUGCACUGUUCUCUAAGUUUUUGCUUAUCUCCAAGCCCUCCUGCAUGGUAUAUUUUAACAAGUGCAUCUUAGCCUGCUUCUUGCUUCUCCUCUUUAUCACCCAGAAUCUAGAAGGUGCUACCAUAGUGAGAUGAUGUUUCAGGCUGGCCUGUGGCUGUCAAGCCCCAUGUCCUCUUCUCUCCCAGGGAGGCUCUGUCCCAGGUCCUGGAUCCAUGCUUAGCAGGGUGUGGCCUCUUGGAAGUCGGUUGUGAGGGAUGCCUCUGCCUGGCUUAUUCUUCCCCAUCUGUUCUGAAUGAAACUCCCACCCUGGCGAUGUGGGCAUUCCCAUCAGCUUGAGGCAGGGAGGGGGGGUUUCUGCGGCACCAGGAACUGUGACGCCAGGAGAGGCAAGGUUUCCGACCUGCACCCUCAAGACAAUUAGAUUUUGAGGAUGAGUAAGAUCUUUUUGGAUGUGGGAUCUUGACUGUUAAUGAGAGGGGUGGACCCGAACAGUGGUCCUGUUAGGGAAAGCAGACCAAGUGCCCUGACUGGAGUGUAAAUAGCCUCUUCUUCUUUGGGAGGCUCUUGGGAGGGCUUAUCACCUGGUGGGUGGUAGCUAGGGAAGAGGCACCUGCCAGGUUGCCAGGUAAACACAGCACAGCUGGACUCAGGGGAAGGGGCAGGUGUGCCCAAGCAAGCUAACAAAGCUGAGCUUCCCACAGGAAGUGCCAUGCCAGGAGUGGGAGGGGGGCUGGAAAUGGGCAUUGGGAGAACUGAGGAGACCUCGGUGAGGGUAUUGUGGGCGGUUCUGUCCAUGCUGUGGUCUGCGCUGUGUCUCUGUGAGAGUGCACAUCAGCUGUGGGUAUUUAUUGAUAUGCUAUUUUUGUGCUUGAAGCCUGUGCAGGGCCAGCACGACAUCAUUUCUCUCCCAGGUUCUCAGUCUCUGAGAGAACAGCAACUUUCCCAGAGACUUGUUGGGAAGGGCCUAGUGUCAAUCAUAAGAAUGCUCCAUGAUGUCCCUGGUUCUGUCUCCCCAUUUUGAGGGGUGGAUGUGCUGUGGUACCUGGGAGAGAAUUUCCUGUUUUGGCUACAGUACAGAAAGGGAGGUGAAUGACCAUAACUCUCUAGGCAUAGACCUCCCCUACACACACACACACACACACACACACACACACACACACACACACACACACACCCUUAGGAGAUUUGAGUCUCAGAUGGGAUAAUCCCAGAUUGGUAGAAGGUAAAUCUGGGGGCAGAUUGGCAGGAGGAUUUAUGUGACUGGGACCCUCCCACCCCCCACCAGCUGCUCACAGACCCAGAGCUUUGGGGGAGGGAAGGAGGGGGUGCAGGAAUAUCACUGGAGAUGGGUCUUAGGGUUGAUCUGAGGCUGUGAACACCUGGCUGGCAGAGUCCAGCCAGGAACGGCAUUUUUUGUAUUCUCCAUGUUAAUUUAAGUCACUCAAGGUCUCCAAAUGCUCGAGUACCAGAGGUGAGGAGCACCUGAACACAGGAUUCCUGGUCUGUCCCCUUACAGAGGAGUAAGUUGAAGCCUAGAGGAAGAAACAACUUAGCCAUGGCACCCAGCUAGUGCGAGGCAGGGCUGCUUGGCCCCGAGUCUCCUCUCAGUUAAAUGACUUUCAUUGCAGUACCCUUAGCAUGUAAAUGAAUGCCUCACCUUAGGCUUUUGGUCUCUGGGACUAAGAUGGUCCCACCAUCACAUGAGUGAGGGGACUGGGUGUGACCCUAGCAGUCAAAGUCCUCAACGGCGAGAGAAGUUCAGCACUGACUCCUGAAUGCUUCUUCCGCUUUCCGGUCACUACCGUGCUCACCCGCGCCAUCUUGGUUAAGGAAAUCAACCUGUGGGAGUGUUUCCCAAGUUCACUCACCAAACAAGACACGGAGAAUAGAACUAGGAAUUUUUCUACCCACACUGAAGGCUGAACAAAGGGUGAUACUCUGGGUGUCAGGGAGAGAGGGUGGAGCUCUGGAGAACUUUUGAGCCAGGGAGGAUGGCAAAGGAGCAUGGAUAGCCUCCGCUCCUCCAGCGCUUCCUCGGCUCUUCAGACACCAAGGGUUGGUUCUGGAGGAGGAAGGGCAGGAGAACAAACCGUAUGGCCCCUGCAGGGCUCGCUCCACUUAUUUCCCUCCAGGACCAGGAAGCUUUCCAGGGCCCCUCCCCCACCUCCCAGUCCCCACCCAAUCCUCCACCCCCAGCAUACCCUAUUCGCACCCCCCCCACCCCCAGUCCUUCUCUGGGUGUGUGUGGAAAAGCAGAAGUGAUGACAUCACCACGGUCGCCAGGGCGACGGGGACGGAUAAAUCAGGCUGAGUGGGCGGUUGCCAUGGUGCGCAUUCUCCCGUUGCCACGGAGACUGGGCAUCUGCUCCCUUUGUGCUGCCCGAGUGCCUUCCCCCUGGGGUCAAGGGGUGUAGGGGAGCAGAAAGAGAGGCUGACACACCUCCAGUGAUGAACAGGCCGAUCCAGGUCAAGCCAGCCGACAGCGAGAGUCGAGGAGAAGACCGGAAGCUCUUUGUGGGGAUGCUAGGAAAGCAGCAGACAGAUGAGGAUGUCCGGAAGAUGUUUGAACCAUUUGGGACCAUAGACGAGUGCACUGUGCUCCGGGGGCCAGACGGUGCCAGCAAAGGCUGUGCCUUUGUGAAGUUCCAGACUCACGCCGAGGCCCAGGCAGCCAUCAACACCCUCCACAGCAGCCGGACCCUGCCGGGUGCCUCGUCCAGCCUGGUGGUAAAGUUUGCUGACACUGAGAAGGAGCGAGGUCUCCGCCGAAUGCAACAGGUGGCUGCCCAGCUGGGCAUGUUCAGCCCUAUCGCCCUCCAGUUUGGAGCCUACAGCGCCUACACUCAGGCCCUGAUGCAGCAGCAGGCAGCCCUGGUAGCAGCUCACAGUGCCUACCUCAGCCCGAUGGCCACCAUGGCUGCCGUGCAGAUGCAGCACAUGGCUGCCAUCAAUGCCAAUGGCCUCAUCGCCACCCCUAUCACGCCAUCCUCAGGAACCAGCACCCCGCCCGCCAUUGCCGCCACGCCCGUCUCUGCCAUCCCUGCUGCCUUGGGCGUCAACGGCUACAGCCCGGUGCCCACCCAGCCCACGGGGCAGCCUGCCCCUGAUGCUCUGUAUCCCAACGGGGUUCACCCUUACCCAGCCCAGAGCCCCGCUGCCCCUGUGGAUCCCCUCCAGCAGGCCUAUGCAGGAAUGCAGCACUACACAGCCUAUCCUGCAGCCUACAGCCUCGUUGCGCCCGCGUUCCCGCAGCCUCCAGCCCUGGUGGCCCCGCAACCACCACCACCACCUCAGCAGCAGCAGCAGCAGCAGCAACAGCAGCAGCAGCAGCAACGGGAAGGCCCUGAUGGCUGCAACAUCUUCAUCUACCACCUGCCCCAGGAGUUCACGGACUCAGAGAUCCUCCAGAUGUUUGUCCCUUUUGGUCAUGUCAUCUCAGCCAAAGUCUUUGUUGACCGGGCCACCAAUCAGAGCAAAUGUUUUGGCUUUGUGAGUUUCGACAAUCCGGCCAGUGCCCAGGCUGCCAUCCAGGCAAUGAAUGGUUUCCAGAUUGGCAUGAAGCGCCUCAAAGUCCAGCUAAAGCGGCCUAAGGAUGCAAACAGGCCCUACUAAGGGCUUCAGGUCUCGAGAUCCCAGAGGAAGGGGCACUUGAUACUCUCUUCCCAUGACUGGCCCCGGCCUUCUCUGCACAUCCGCCCUGGGCCUUGA